AUGUGGCUUCCCAUCAAUGCUGGAGAUACCACCCCUCUAGUCCUAGAUGAAUCAACACGCACCCUCUACAGCCGCGCCAUAUCCAAUCCCUCCUCACUAACAGAUCAAGAACGUCGACUCAUCACCUACCGCCCCCCACCAGACGAGGAAGACACCCUCUGUCGAAAUGCCUGCGGCUUGUCCAUGGGCGAACUAAUUGCCAAAGCCAUCAAUAGCAGCAAUAACACCGGCAAUGACAUCCCACUUAGCAGCCUCGGCCUAAGCCAUGAGGAAGCCAGUCUCUUAACGACCGGCGUAGUCGAGGGACAAUCGGGCCGUAUCCUGUCCGAGGUGGCGCGCCUUUCUCCCGAAGAUAGGGACCUUAAGGCUCGAGCUAUAGUAGCGGCGAGGACAGACGAUAUUCGGGCUGCUAUGGAGGUGGCGCACAGGGUUCUGCAGCGAUGGCGAAAGGUGGAAUUGGCGGCGGCCAACGCGUUGAAUGAUGAUGACAUUAGGAAUAUUCUGUUUGCCUUGAAGGUUCCCUGGCAGGAGCAUGUACUGCAAUCCAGUUCAGCUUCAGCGCGUGAUUCUGUUCCUGGUUGUGAAUCUGGCCUUGGUGAAGCAGGUGGUCGCUUUGGUCUCGUGGUAUUCUACCCGAAAGAAGAAGAAGAAGAAGAGGAGGAGGAGGAGGAGGAGGAGGAGGAGGAGGAGGAGGAGGAGGAGGAGGAGGAAGAAGAAGGGCGCCUUCCAGAAUAUAAAUCCCUAAUCGGAACGGCUGUUUCCCAUGGACUACACUAUUCAGCGAGGUUGAUUAAGAACGAGACGAGAGACCGGUUCGCAUUGCACUGGGUGGCUGUUCCAGGUAGUACUCGGAAUAACAGUAUGGACCCUAGUGCACUACGGCGCAGGUUCAGCACAAUGCUCCCAAACGGCGAGAUUCCUGCUGGCUUUCGACGUGAUGCUUUCCUCUAUGUGAAUGACGAGGCUUUCCGCUCGCGUGAAACAACACGGCCGUAUAUCUGGUUAGCUGAGCCUGAACCCCAGUCAGAGGCAAAGAGAGAGCCAGAGCCAGAGCCAGAGCCAGAGCCAGAAAUUAAGAUGGGAAGCGGGACUGGGAGCGGGACUGGAGCUGCGACUGGAGCUCAGUCCGAGGCUUUACAACCCCUAAAAGUCGACAUCAAGCAUAUCGCCCCGACAUUGUUUGCGCGGUUGGUACAGCGCGAUCUCCAGGGCGAGGCGAGACGGAAGCCCUAUCGACAUACCUCGGAGCUGACCAGGUUGCAUGCGGCCGUCAAUGCGAAAUUUAGGGAGGACAGAGAUGGGAUAUGGCCGCCACCUGCUCGAUUCCAGUAG